ACAACUGGGAAGAAAUUAUGUUAUAAAGGUUCUACGUUCCAUCGUGUGGUUAAAAACUUUAUGAUUCAGGGUGGGGACUUCAGUGAAGGUAGAGCUAAAAGUUAUGCUCCUAAUAACUCCAUCUAUCAGUUUCUAAAGUAAUCAUUAUUAUGUUUUAUUGUAAAUAUUGUCGCCUAACAGUAUAAUGUAAAUAUUAGGUGGUCAGUGAAUACUUGUUGGAUGAAUAAAUGUUGUAGACCAAGAAUGUAUGAAAAAGCAAAAUACUAAGACAUUUUAUUUUGUUUAUAUGCAAUUUGAAUAAUAUCAUUACUUGGUGAAUUACCGUAUGAUGAAUGCCAAAGUACUGUUUGGUUGUAUUUAUUCUAGAAUUUUAUUGGUGUGAUUGCUGUUUGAAAUAAAUGGGUUAUAGAGAUAAGUAUUUUAGUAGCAUUCAUUGUAAUCAGAUUGCACUUAUAUUUUAAAGAUGAGAUUUGUUAGAAUUUUGAUUAUUUUCAGUAAUUACAAGGUGUUAUCUCCUUCAGCAAAUUGAAACCAUUUAAAAUAAUUUAUAUGUACUAGUAUAUUUUUAAUUUUCAUUAUAGUUUAAUGUAGCUUGUUAUUUUCAGGUAAUGGAAAAGGUGGAGAAUCAAUUUAUGGUGGAUAUUUUAAAGAGAAUGUGGUCUUUUGCAAAAUGAAAAGGUAAGAGAACAAAGCUCAGUAACACAAACUCCAAUUCUGUUCCCUUGCACCCUUCCUAAUAAAUUUAUGGACAGUCUGGGUCAGGUUGUGUCUGGAUUUCAAUAUUGCUUGAAGACUUGAAAAAUUCUGUGUACUAUUUCAUACAUCUGUAUCUUCUUUCUUUUCCUGAUGGGUUAUUCCACAUCAGGGAAAAGAAUCUAGUUGUGUCUUUUUUUCCCCUAAACCAAGCAAUUUCUCUGAAUAAAAGUUGGUAUUUCUUCCUUUGCCCAAGGUUUGUAUAUUUUCUUUUGUCUACUAGAACUAUACGAUUGUGUAUUAUUCCUACAGCAGUAGCAUUUGCAUAAAUCUAACUAUUGCACUUGCCCCAAAAGCCUUAGAAAAGUCAGUUGCAGAGAUUUAUAAUGGGAUCCAUAUUACCAGGUGUUAAUACCAUGAUAGCUCCAGUGUUAUAAUAGUCUUUUAUAUUUCUUUUGGGGAAAAUGGAUUACUACUCUUUUUCAGAAGCCUGUUCCCAAGGUAAUCAUUUUUUAAAGUUUUCUAUGUUUCUGUUCGUUCUAAAGAAAGAUCUGUUUGUAUGAAUGUUGAAAGGAAAUUUAAAUCCUCAAGAUAUUUCUGCUGGAAUUAAAAUAAUCUCUUAAGUGAUUUUUAUGACAGAGCUUUUCCUUUGAACUAGUAAGAAGCAGCUCUUUGGCUGGUCCUGUUAGCCUGUAGCUUUGAAAAUAAUGCUGGUAGGCCACUUUUGUGUGUUUGUUCCCUGUGGCAAAUACUUGUGUAUUUUAAAAUUGUAUUUUGCCAUUUAAGUUGUUUUUACAGGAAUUUCUUCCAUAGAUAAUUUUGUGAUCCUAUUGAUUGGAAGGAAUCCACAUACUUAAUUUGAUUUAGGCAUGUCUCUACAACUUGAUUUGUUUGAUUUUUUGGUUUCUGCUCUCAUAGUCCAGCUUCAAUUCAGUUGAGUACUAAAUUUAACAUGCAGAAAUUAAGCACAUAAGAGGAUUAUUAAACUCCCAUGUAUAGUACAUUAGGCAGGAUAAUUUGGAGGAAAUGAGCUUUACUAAAUAAAUAGAUUUUUUUCCUAAAAUUUAUUAGUUUUCCCUGAAAGUUAUAGUUUAAAUGUUAUUUAGCCAAAGUAUGUUACUACUAAAAGUGACUGUUCUAAGGCUGUUUGUAUAAAGUAUUAAAAAUAUGUUCUCUUCCUCCCGGCUUUAAGUAGUAUUUUUUGGUCUUUUUAUGCUUUUGUUAUUUGAUUAGUCAAAACUUUUUUUCUAAAUAUUCAGUCAAGUAUCUGUACUGGCCAGAAGAGGAAUUUCAUCCUUUGCUUUCUGUUUAUUUCUGUGAACAUUACACUUUAAAAGUGGCUUAUACUGGAGACUGACGAAUUUGUGUUUUCUUCAAACAGAUGAAAACUUUAUUCUCAAACAUGACAGAGCGUUCCUUUUGUCAAUGGCAAAUCGAGGGAAACAUACCAAUGGUUCCCAGUUUUUCAUUACCACAAAGCCUGCUCCGCACCUGGAUGGGGUGCAUGUUGUGUUUGGACUAGUUAUUUCCGGUUUUGAAGUAAUCGAACAAAUUGAAAAUCUGAAAACUGAUGCUGCAAGCAGACCUUAUGCAGAUGUGCGAGUUAUUGACUGUGGGGUGCUUGCCACGAAAUCAACAAAAGAUGUUUUUGAGAAAAAAAGGAAGAAACCAACUCAUUCAGAAGACUCGGAUUCCUCUUCCAGCUCUUCUUCCUCUUCAGAGUCGUCCUCAGAAAGCGAGGCGGACCGUGAGAGGAGCAGGAGGAGGAAGCGCAAAAGGCGGCCAAGAGCCAAGCGUUCGAGAAAGAGGCGGAAGGCGGCGGGCAGUUCGGAGGAGCCACGGAAUAAACACGCGGGGAGCCCGAAAGGUCACUCUGAGAGAAGUGAUACCAAUGAGAAAAGGUCAGUCGACUCAAAUGCUAAAAGAGAAAAGCCUGUGGUCCGCCCAGAAGAGAUACCCCCAGUGCCUGAGAACCGAUUUUUAUUGAGAAGAGACAUGCCUCUUGUCGCGGUGGAGCCUGAACCGAAGAUUCCUGAUGCCACACCCAUUGUAAGUGAUCAGAAACCAUCUGUGUCAAAGUCUGGACGGAAGAUUAAAGGAAGGGGCACAAUCCGUUAUCACACACCUCCAAGGUCAAGGUCCUGUUCUGAAUCAGAUGAUGAUGACAGCAGUGAGACUCCUCCUCACUGGAAAGAGGAAAUGCAGAGACUGAGAGCAUACAGACCACCUAGUGGAGAAAAAUGGAGUAAAGGAGAUAAGUUGAGUGACCCCUGUUCAAGCCGAUGGGAUGAAAGAAGCUUGUCCCAAAGAUCAUGGUCUUAUAAUGGAUAUUAUUCAGACCUUAGUACAGCAAGACACUCUGAUGGUCACCAUAAAAAACGCAGAAAAGAGAAAAAGGUUAAGCAUAAAAAGAAAGCUAAAAAGCAGAAACAUUGCAGAAGACACAAACAGACUAAGAAGAGAAGGAUCAUUGUACCAUCUGACAUAGAAUCCUCAAAGUCCUCCUCCCGGCGAAUGAAACUCUCCUGUGAGAGAGAGAGGAGGUCUCGUUCUUCCUCGUUGUCCUCUCACUCGUCGAAGAGGGACUGGUCUAGGUCCGAUAAGGAUGACCAGAGCUCUUCCACCCAUUCCAGCAGAGACUCAGACAGAUCAAAAUCUCACUCACAGUCUUACUCUAGGGGAAGCUCAAGGUCAAGGACUCCAUCGAAGUCCUCAUCACAUUCUCGAAGUAGAUCAAAGUCCAGAUCUAGUUCCAAGUCAGGGCACCAACGGACAGCAUCAAAAUCCCCAAGAAGAACAGCCUCUCAGCUAAGUGAAAAUAAACCAGUUAAAACAGAGCCUUUAAGAGCAACAGUGCCACAAAAUGAAACCAUCGUGGUACAACCACCAGUGGUGGCGGAACAUAUUCCUGUAAUACCACUGAGUGACAGUCCCCCUCCUUCCAGGUGGAAGCCUGGACAGAAGCCCUGGAAGCCCUCUUAUGAGCGGAUUCAGGAAAUGAAAGCAAAAACAACUCAUUUGCUGCCCAUCCAAAGCACUUACUGUUUAGCAAAUAUUAAAGAGACUGGUAGUUCAUCAUCCUACCAUAAAAGAGAAAAAAAUUCAGAAAGCGAUCGGAGCGCUUAUUCAAAAUACAGUGAUAGAAGUUCAGAAAGUUCCCCAAGGUCAAGGAGCAGGUCCUCUAGGAGCAGAUCUUAUUCCAGAUCGUACACAAGGUCACGAAGUGUAGCUAGUUCACAUUCGAGGUCUCGGUCUCGGUCUCACUCAUCUAGAUCUCAUUCACGAAAUAAAUACAGUGAUCGUUCACAGUGUAGUAGGUCCUCUUCAUACUCUUCCGUUAGCAGUGAUGCUGGAAGACGAGCCAAGAGAAAACUUACAUCCAAUGGGAAAAAAAAUAGCACUUCAAAUAAAAGGCACAGCAGCAGCUCUGAAAAGGCACUUCGCAGUAAAUACGUCAAAGGCAGGGACAAGUCUUCGCGUCAGAGAAAGUAUAGCGAAAGCAGGUCAUCCUUAGAUGAUUCCUCAGACAGUGAACACUCUGGUGUUCAGGUGACACAGUCAGCCCAGGAAAAAGAGAAGCAAGUCCAGGUGGAAGUGAACAACAGACAAGAGAAAAACAGAGGUGGAGAGAAAUCCAAGCCUGAACAGGAAUGUCCUCGUUCAAAAAAAAGAACUUUGAAAGAGAAUCUUUCUGAUCACUUCAGAAACGGCAGUAAGCCCAAAAGGAAGAACUAUGCUGGGAGUAAAUGGGACUCUGAGUCCAAUUCUGAACGAGAUGUAACGAAAAACAGUAAAAAUAAUUCCCCGCCGUCUUCCGAUAAGGAGGAAGGUGAGGCCACCUCGGAUUCUGAGUCGGAGUUUAGUGAAAUUCACGUCAAAGCCAAACCCACAACAAAGUCUGCAAAUUCUUCACUGCCCGAUGGUGAUGGUGCUUGGAAGUCGAGCAAACGGCGCUCAUCAACCUCCGAUUCUGAGGGGUCCUGUUGCAUCUCAGAGAACCCCAGAGGAAAGCCGCGGAAGCACAAACACGGCUCAAAGGAAAGUCUUAAAAGGGAGCACACCAAAAAAGUGAAAGAGAAAAUGAAAGGGAAAAAAGACAAAAAGCACAAGGCCCCGAAACGAAAACAAGCAUUUCACUGGCAGCCUCCGCUGGAAUUUGGGGAAGAGGAGGAGGAGGAGACUAAUGAAAAGCAAGUGACUCAGGAGCCACUAGAGAAGAAACAAACCUCUGAAAACAGUGAAACCACAAAAGAAAAUACCCCCCAAACUGAGAAGCCCUGUGAGGACGGCAGCCUCUCAGAUAAACAGAAUACAGCAACGCUUUCAUCAGACGCUGAGCAGCCUGCUAAAGAUAGUAAACCCCACAGUUCCCUCACACCUUUAAAUACCGAGGACAAUGUCACCAGUUCUCCCGCAAAUGGUCAGCAUGUUGAAGAAAGUGCCCCAGGCGGAGUGGAGGUCAUGUUUCAAGCAGACGACAACAUGGAGAUUUGCACUCCUGAUAGGACUUCCCCAGCGAAGGUGGAGGGAGCGUCCCCUCUGGGAAAUUCAAGGCUUGACACCCCGGACACAGGCAUUGUUGUAAAGCAGGAAAUGCAGGCAGAGCAUCCUGAGGCCCAGGGGGGGAAACAGGAAAGCAGCGUGCCUGAGAGCCCCCUGGCGGGGGAGGUGGGGAAGCCCGACAGCAACUCGGGCUCCGGCUCUGCCAGUGCCCUGGAAAGCGCAGUGAGCUCAGGGGUGGCUGAAAGGGGCCAGGUCAGCCUCCUGGAUAAUAAAUGGAAGCCCCUGCCAGGGGUGGGGAACCUGGCAGCACCGCCGGCUACAUGCAGUGCUGUGGAAGUUAAGGCACUGACAGCUGUGCCUGAAAUGAAACCGCAAGGCUUGAGAAUAGAAAUUAAAAGCAAAAAUAAAGUUCGGCCUGGGUCUCUCUUUGAUGAAGUAAGAAAGACAGCACGUUUAAACCGGAGGCCAAGAAAUCAGGAGAGCUCAAGUGAAGAGCAGACGCCUAGUCGGGAUGGCGACAGCCAGUCCAGGAGUCCAAGUCGAUCUCGAAGCAAAUCUGAAACCAAAUCAAGACACAGAACAAGGUCUGUUUCCUACAGUCACUCAAGAAGUCGAUCGCGAAGUUCCUCGUCAUCUUAUCGAUCAAGAAGCUACUCUAGAAGUCGGAGCAGAGGGUGGUACAGCAGAGGCCGCACAAGAAGCCGGAGCAGUUCCUCCCGCAGUUACAAAAGUCAUAGGACGUCCAGCAGGAGCAGGUCCAGGAGCAGCUCGUACGAUCCCCACAGUCGGUCCAGGUCCUACACUUACGAUAGCUACUACAGCAGGAGCCGCAGUCGCAGCAGAAGCCAGAGGAGCGACAGUUACCACCGAGGCAGAAGCUACAACAGGCGGUCCAGGAGUUGUAGAUCUUAUGGCUCUGACAGUGAAAGUGACCGAAGUUACUCUCAUCACCGGAGUCCCAGUGAAAGCAGCAGAUAUAGUUGAAAAUGCCCCCUUUUUUGAUACGAAUUAUAUCUUAUUUGUAAAUAUCUGGUAACUUAAAAGUUUAAGAAACUUAAUGCCAGUUUGUUGUUCCAUUUCAAUAUUAGAGAUGAAUUUCAAAAAUAGACACUUCUUAAUUGUUACUUGUUCAUUUACUUGUGCGCAGAAUUUAAAAUACAGAUAUGUCUCCUAAAAA